AUGGAGGACACAAGGGCCUUUGUCUGUGAGAUGGAGAGCAUGCUAGUCACUGAGCAGUCAAAGUUGUCCACCCUGGAGGAAACUUCCUCUAACUUAUUAGAGGAGGUCGUGGGUCACACUCGUGCAGUGGAGGAAGAUCUGGCUAAGGCCCACGAAAAGCUCUGGUUGAGCUGGACGGAGUCUUUAGCCCACACCGAAAAGUUGAUCAAAGCCAGAGAGGAUGCUGCACGGAGCAACAGAGACAUGGAUCUCUCAUUAAUCGAGGACCCCAACAUUAGAACAGUGAUGAAGGCGCACCUUGAGGUGGAGGAGGACAGGGCGGCCCAGAAGAGGGAAGCCACUGCGGCGGGUCGCAUCCCCAAGGAUGAUUGUGUGAUCAAGCUGGUGGAAGAGAGUCGCCAGAAGAGUUAUUCAGAUCAGAAACGCAGGAGCGUAGAAUUUCAGGUUGGUGAUCAUGUAUUCCUCAGGGUUUCACCCCUGAGAGGAGUAAAACGAUUUGGCGUUCGGGGCAAGCUGAGUCCCAGGUUUGUUGGCCCAUUUGAGGUUCUAGAACGAAUUGGGGAGGUGGCUUAUAGGUUAGCAAUGCCUCCAGCUUUAUCAGGAGUUCAUGACGUGUUUCAUGUGUCCAUGCUCCGGAAGUAUGUUUCGGACUCUACUCAUGUGUUGAGCUAUGAGAACUUGGAGUUGGAUCGGGACUUAUCAUACGAAGAAAAGCCUGUUCAGAUCCUUGAUAGGAAGGACAAGGCCUUGAGGAGCAAGACCAUCCCCUUGGUUAAAGUAUUGUGGAGAAACAGCAAGGUCGAAGAGGCGACAUGGGAACUGGAAUCAGAUAUGCGGGAGCGGCAUCCCGAG